UUAUGAUGAGGGUUAAAACAUAAUAAAAGGAAUAAUGCUUUAUCAAGUAACAGACGAUUAUUAUGCAUCUUCAGAUGUUUCCCUGAUGCAUUAAACUAUUUGGAGGGUUGUAGUUUAAAAAAAUCAAACACAUUGGGGAUGUACCACAAAGCAGUAAGUCAAGUUCGCUUAAAAUCCGAAAAUCGCGAAAAUUGAUAAAAUCAGUAUUAACAUUGACGUUGACAUAACGUGAUAGCUCUUUGAAACAUCAACAGUGAUCAAAGUGGAAACACAAAAAUGAAUUGCAGAUGACGUUAUACUUUGAAAAAAUCCAUCAUUCAAGUAUCGCAUAUGAGAAAUUAAGGAUUAGUUAAAUACAUAAAUCUAUUUUAUAUUGAAAUAUCAGAAUAUUCCGAAUUAUGAAGACAUUUUUCAAUAGAAAUCAUUGUUAACUGUUUCAUCAGAGUGUUUUGUAUCAAGUAAAAAUCACACAUUUGCACGAUUGAUAUUGAAUAACACGAGAGCAAAUCUAUAAUGAGUUGCGUUUCAGAAUGAUUACAUCGAAUUUGAAAAGGAAGACGUGUUCAGUUUAUGGACAAAACUUUUUCAAAAUCACAGUUAUCUCUUUUGUAGGACUUUGUGUUGGUGUCAUGAUUUCUUCAUCGACUUUACAAUUGUCAAUAAUAGAUAAUAGCCGUACUAAAUUAUUGACAAAGCCCUACGUUGGUGUACAACAGGAAGGUAAAUUGAGCAAUAAUACAAAUAUCAGAAGCAGCAGACGACAAAGUGACUGCAUUUCGUGUUUUCAACACAACUUUAAUUAUGUGAUACAAAAUGACAGGAUAUGCAAACUGUAUUCGUCUAAUCAAUCUGUGGAAUUACUUGUACUCAUAAUGACCACACAUAAAAACAAAAAUGAAAGAAUGGCAUUACGUUCCACCUGGUUGUCUUACACAAAAAACAACACAUCCAAUGUCAGAUAUGCAUUUCUUUUAGGUGAAAUUGAUGAUGAUAAAAUUAGGAUAGCUGUUCUGAAAGAAAACAGUGUUUACCACGACAUUGUCAAGGAAGAUUUUAUUGAUAUGUACUCGAAUUUAACUUACAAAACUAUUAUGGGAUUUAAAUGGGCAUCAACAAAGUGUUCGAACGCGCAUUACGUUAUGAAAACAGAUGAUGACAUGUUUGUCAACAUUCAAAAUGUUCUGAGUAUUUGCAAGAGUAAUCAGAGUGAAACGUUACAGAAAGCAAUCAUUGGGGCAUGUCACAUAAAUGCAAGACCUAUACGAGACCAGAGAUCAAAGUGGUUUGCUUCAGUGGUCAGUUAUCCUGAGAAAUCUUAUCCAGGGUUUUGUUCUGGGACAGGUUAUGUGACCAGCAUGCAUGUAGCGCGUGAAGUUUAUAAAAUAUCCCCAAGUGUUCCUUUCUUUCACCUAGAGGAUGUUUAUGUAUCACUGUGUGUAAGAAAACUUGGCUUCAAAAUUCAGCCUGUCCCUGGAUUCAAUGCAGGUCGACCUAAAAUGGAUCCAUGCCUCUAUAAAGGAGAUAAGUUGAUAACAGCCCAUCGAUUGACACCAGUAAUGUUGAAGUCAAUAUGGCACAGAAAAUGCGUUCAAAAAUGAAAUGGUAAUUGGAAAGGCAAUUAAUGGAAAUGUGAGCACUAUUUUCAUUCUUUUGAUGUAAGCACGUGUGAUUAACAUUCUUGUUACCGUGUUUACAUUUGUUUUUAAAUAAAACAUAUAUCACAUAUCCAAACAUGCGUACGGUUACACCCUUAUGAUUAGUAGAUUGCACCAAAGAGUGCCAUUCAAAACAUUUACAUUUGAUUUUUUCUUGCUGAAAUGCAUAAGUGUAGAGCAGUUGUUAUUUGGAUAUUAGUUCCGCUAAAUGCUUUUUGAAACAUUUACAUUUUGAAUUGUAGCGAUUGAAAAUCAUAAUGAUAAAACAGUUGUUAGUUGUUUGUACUGCAAACUGUCAUUCAAAAUAUAUGCACAUUGAAUCGAACGUACUGACAGGCAUAUUUGUAGAGCAGUCGUUCAAACAAUCACUUAUAUUAGCUACUUAGAUUACUUAAUAAAAGGCUAAGAUAAGACUUGGUUGUGCCUUCUUGCCAUUAUGGCAAACAAAGUGUCACAAUUGCCCGAGUUUCAUUAUAGAAAUAGGUGUGCCAUUACGGCUGAAAGACUCAAAGUGCCGUUUCUUGACAAUUUUAUUAUAUUUAUUUUGUUUAUUUUACAGUUUUUUUUCAACUUCAACGUCAGAACUCGCGGACGUUCUAUGAUGAUAAUGGUACGUGAACCACAGUGCGUCACUAUGGACCUGUCAAAGGUUGUACAAUAAACUUAAUGCUUUCAUCACAAUCGAACUAGAAAAAUUAGCAUAAUGAUAUGCAUAUCGUACAUAGAAACAAAAAAAAUGGAAAUAAAUAGAGAAUAAUAGGUUAGUGCCGUAGAUGAGAAAGUUUAUCUGGCGAGGUGGAGGAGGUUAUCGGGUGAGCCGAAGGCCGGAGCCGAGCCGAGCCAGAUAAACUUUCUCCAUCUUAGGCAGUAACCUAUUAUUCUAUUUAUCUUGUCAUUACUUCAUUUUCCGAUAUUUGGCAAUUUAUUUUACAAAAAUAAGUGUGCGACAACCGCUUUAAUGGCGUCAUAUUCGUAAUGACGUCACUUAUAUAAUGACGUGAUUACCGGCAAAAUCGCAAUAACUUCUUCGUUUUUGAAUAAAAACUCAUUAUUUGACCACUCAUUUUCUUAGUUCGGACCUUUCCAACACAAUGAUGAUGGUUUCGUUGCAAAAUUUCUUAUGACAACAAUAUCGAUCAUAAGGUCACAUGAUCAACUGGCCGUAUAUCACUGGUCACAUGAUCAACUGACGGUAUAUCAAGAAAGAUAUACGGCACCCUGAUAUCGGGUCGAAAAUACUGCAAGUGACAGGAUAAACAUGAUAUAUAAACUUACCUAGCCUUUUGCCUAGUCUGUUUGUGCAUUUUUAAGACGAAAUAUAAUAAGGGCAAUGGUACUACAUAAAUGUGUUUGUUUAAUACAAUUUGUAAAAUACAUGCUUUUGAGUUCAUUUAUGGAUCAAGAAUCUGACAUCAGCACAUUCAAUUAUUACAAAAGUUUACUAACCUAUGAGAAAUAAAGUGUUUGACAUUAGUUUGAUUUAAAAUAAUAGUAUAUUGUCUCUAUCAGUUAUGUAAAAUAAAUGGAAAAGGAGUACGCAGAUGGAAUUUAAUUAGGACAAAAAAAGCUUGGAGAGCUUACAUACCCUCAGUCCAAGAAAACAUCUGUCAAAGGCUAACUUCUUAAUUGUUUUCAAGUAUAGGUGAAAUACAAGAAUAUUUUGUUAUAGUUUGUAGAUCUUAUUUCGCUGAUGUAUAUAUCUAAAGGAAACUGAACAUGACAAUGCAUUUAUGUGAUGAUCUGCUUAAUAAAAAUGUGUCUGUUUCCUUAUCUGUUAAACAAAUAACCAGAAGCAUUGAAUUUACAAAUAAAGUGUGCAGUCAGGGGAUGAAGUAUUAUCUGGCUUCUGGCGAAAUUGCAUUAAAAGUUGACAAACACUUUAAUAUAUGGAUCAUGGGUACCUUAUGUACUGGUGAGAUGAUUACUUAGUUCCCAUUUAGUCAUGUAUACUGAUUUCCGUUGUACACUUCAUGAGAGUAAUACCAUUCUUAUUCUUAUGUAGCGAGAUAAAACCUCAGGGGAAAACCUUCGUUUCUAUGGCACAUGUUUGCCUAGGGUAUACACUUCGCCAACACGUAAGUUACACACAAUAAGCAUAAUAAACAAAACGGUAGUCUAUUCGCUAGAGAGGCCUCCAUGAGAUAGAGAUUCUGGUUACGGCUACAAAGUUGCUUGUCGAUAACAUCAAAUCAUUUGCCCCUGAUCAAUGUUGGUUUAAAUCUCUCUCGGGGCGAAGAAUUCUUCAUGUUAGUAAG